GAGCUUUGGCGGAGAGGGGGAGGAGGAGUCAUGGUGGGGGAGGAGAAGGAGGGAGAGGAGGAGGAACAAGAGGAGGAGGAGGAGGAGGAGGGAGAGGAGAAGGAAGAAGAGGAGGAGGAGGACGCAAAGGAAGACGAGGAGAAGAAGGAGAAGUUUUUUGGCGGAGAGAGGGAGGAUGAGAAGGCGGAGGAGCUUUCUGGCGGAGAGGGUGAGGAGGAGGAGGAGCGGAAGAACAACGUGGAGGAGGAGGAGGAGGAGGGAAAGGAGGAAGAAGAGGAGGAGGAGGAGAAGGAAGAAGAGGAGGAGGAGGAGGAGGAGGAGGAGGAGGAGGAGGAGGAAGACGAGGAGGAAAAUGAAGACUAGGAGGAAGAGGAGGAGGACGACGACGAGUAGGAGGGGGAGGAUGAGGAAGAGGAGGAGGAGAAGGAGGAGAAGGGAGAGGAGAAGGAAGAAGAGGAGGAGGAGGACGCGAAGGAAGACGAGGAGAAGAAGGAGAAGCUUUUUGGUGGAGAGAGGGAGGAUGAGAAGGCGGAGGAGCUUUCUGGCGGAGAGGGUGAGGAGGAGGAGGAGGAGGAGGAGGAAGAAGAGGAGGAGGAGGAGGAGGAGGAGGAGGAAGACGAGAAGGAAUAUGAGGACUAGGAGGAAGAGGAGGAGGAGGAGGACGACGAGUAGGAGGGGGAGGAGGAGGAGGAGGAGAGGGGGGGGGACGGCAGUGACGUUGUCGACGCGGACGUCGACCCUCCCCCUAAUUUUUUAUUUUUUUUUACUCAAUCAAUUAAUCAAUUAAUC